GUCAAGUAUAGUCAUUCUGUUACAUGUCAACUCGAUCGCUCAAGUGAGCAAAAUCUCGGUUGGCACAAGUGCAUUGCGACAGAAAGAUGCCGUCGUUUAACAUUUUUCGUAUUGAGUUCGAUAAACCGAACAGUGUUUACAAAUCUGGCGAAAUUGUUAGUGGUAACGUUAUUAUUGAUUUGGCAAAAGAAAAAUUAGCCGAAGCACUAAUAUUAACGGCUAAAGGAGAAGCUAAGGUCAGCUGGGAUGAGACAUCGAGCACAACAGAUAGUGACGGAAAUUCUAGAAGUACCACUACUACUUAUAGUAGAAACGAACAUUAUUUUAGUGUGGACAUUUUGCUAUUAGAAAACUAUGACGGUAAUAUAUCAUCUAUUAAAAGAUUAAACAUACAUCGUGACUGAAAACUUUAGAAUACAUUAUUGUACUUAUGCUAAUACUCUAUUAUAUUUCUUUUCAUAAAUAUUCUUUAUUCAUGUGUGCACCGUGAAUUCGCGUGAAAUGAAUAUGCUACGAAUAAUCGCAAAUUAAUCGUCGAGUGUAACAAUGUAAAUAAAAAUAAAU